AUAACACAUAUUUAAUCUUCCUGGUCUGUUUGUCUGCAAAGAGAAAAUAAUAUUCGAAAAAUCGGAAAAUGUCUUUGUCAAGGGAAAGAGGGAGACGCUACAAUAGUGGAAAUGAUGUUUUAGCAGAAGAUAAAAUGCAAAAUGAGCGUACAGAUGGAUCUGCAGACUUCGAUCACUCUACAGACAAGCUGAAAAUACAUGCCACUACGAUUUCAGAAGACUCAAAAAAAUUACAUAAGUUCAGAGAAAAAAUCAGAAAAAAGAAAAAGCAAUCAAAAAGUAAAAAUUUGGAAACUUGCAAGCUGACAUAUAAAGACACUCUAGAGUCUUUAAAGGAAGAGAUUACAGAAUUAACAGAUAUCCUUUACAAGCGAGACCGAAAACUCGAAAGAACACAGUCACAGAGGCCACAGAAGAAAGAAGCGAGACCAGAAAAAUGUAUAGAUUGUAAAUGGAAAGAAUCACGAAUAAGCACACUUGAAAACCAACUGAGUCAACAACAUAUUCCGAACCAGGAUCAACACAGGAUACAGCAGUUAAUAAAAGAAAGAGAUGAUGCUGUUGAAAGACUAAAUGAAGUGUCGAAAACACAUGUCCCCCUACAGCAUUUUGACGAGUUAAAGCAACACAAUGCCUGGCUGGACAGAGAAAUAAAAAGUGUUCGUCAACAAAUUCAAGCAGAAAAGGCGGCAAAGGAAGAUGCCCUCAGAAGGUUAAAUGAUGUACCUAAAACACACGUCCCCGUACAGAGUUUUAACGAGUUAAAGCAACAGAAGGCCUUGCUGGACAGAGAAAUAGAUAGUGUUCGCCAGCAAAAUCAAACAGACAAAGCGGAAAAGGAAGAUGCACUGAGAAGACUAAAUAAUGUGUCGAAAACACACGCCCCCCUACAGCAUUUUGACGAGUUAAGGAAACAGAAGGCCUGGCAGGACAGAGAAAUAGAAAAUCUUCGUCAACAAAAUCAAGCCGAAAAAGCGGCAAAGGAAGAAGCCCUCAGAAGACUAAAUGAAGUGUCGAAAACACACGUUCCCCUACAGCAUUUUGAAGAGUUAAAGCAACAGAAGGCCUGGUUGGACAGAGAAAUAGAAAGUGUUCGUCAACAAAUUCAAGCCGAAAAAGCGGCAAAGGAAGAUGCCCUCAGAAGACUGAGCACAAUGGCGUCAAGUAAACUCCGAGAUAACAAUCCAAAUAUAACUGAUCUUAGUGACCAGAACAGACCUACAAAGAUUUCCGAGAAAAUGUCAGAACUAUAUGACAAUCAGUGGACUGAUGCAUUUGAUGCCCUGGAGAAACAAAAAAUGCAAGAAAGAGAAAUUAUUUAUGCGUUGCUGCAAUCUUUAAUGACUGCGUACCAUGAAUGUCACAGACUGGCAAAUGAACAUUUCUUUGAAACGGUUCAAGCUGCAAUAGAAUGUCCAAGACAGGGUUUACAGCCAUCGCGCUAUCAGGUGGUGAUGACGGAUCAGCUGAAACAGCAAAUCAAGGAAUUCAGAAAAAUUCGGGCACCAAAAGUAAUAGAAGAAAUAGAAAAGAUUGUAAAGCCAAGAAUCCCACUCGCCAGCAAUCGGUCUCAAGAGGUCAAUAGCUAUCUGUCAAAGUGUGUUGAGAUUGGUUGGCUUAUGGUUGUUCAAGACCCGCCAUUAGUACUUGUAGAUAAAUCCACUUUCGGCUUUGACACAAACACAUUCAAGGACUACACGAAACGUGGUCGCUAUAUACAGUACGUUGUUUGGCCGGCUCUUUAUCUGCACGAGAAAGGUCCCCUUUUAGGAAAGGGAGUUGCCCAGGGUUGUGACGUUAAGCCAGAUCAAACACGAAGCCUUGGAAGAGCAGUGGGCAAGAAAACAGUAGGUCAGAAUAACAGAAUGUUAGAGUCAUGCAUUCUGCAGACUAGUCCCAAGAGACCAGUUGUCGACGAGCGGUUCUUUCAAGCACCUGUUCAAGAAAAUGCACGAUCAUCAACAAAUGUAUAAGCUUUGUACGCAAUGAAGUGACAUCCUAUACAUAUCCGCACAUUUUAGUAGAUACGAUAUAGAUCAAAGCUUGUGUUUCAUAAGAUUUUCCAAGUAGCCAAGGCAUACCGAUUUGAUGUUUAUCCGUGGAAUGGCGUUGCGAAAUACAGAAGACACAUUUUAACAAGAUUGGGUUUGUAAAUGCAUUUUAUAACAACUCUAUAUCGCUCACUGGAAUAUAAUGGUCUUACUGACAAUGUCCAAGUUUGGAUCACAGAAAACCACAAUUAUACAUCCAAUUACGGAUUCACAGACCGAGUUUAGUAUAUUUAUAUGUUGUAAUGUAGGUGUUACAAUCAAAUGCAUUAAAGUUUAUGCGUAACUCUUCACAUAUCGUAUACAAAUACGCAUUCAAAAUAUUUAUCAUUUUAGAAGAAAUAAUGUCUUGAUGAAACAUUUUUUUAAGAAUUUUAGUGAAACAAUAGCACGUAAAUCUUAACAUGUUAAACGCCGACUGUACAGUCUGGUGAUACUUAUUCCAUUCAGGAUAAGGAUAAAACAUUAUCUCGUGCAAUAUUUUUCACGAAUCAACAGUUACGAGUGGUUUCUCUGGCUAGAAUUUUUUAUGUACUUUUGCAUGGUUUCAUUACGGCAAAAUAACUUUAACAUUAAACAACGAAAAAUAGUUUUUCGGAGACUGAACCAUGCAAACCCAAUCCAUUUCAUAAACACAAUCUAUCGAAUUUGACCACUGUAAAUCCACACGUUUGAGAAAAGGUUUAGGAAAUAGAAUUGAAAUCUUAAAUAAUCAAUACAAAUCAAUCUUCAUUACGGCAAAAUGAACUUUACUACAACAUGAAUUGUAAUCAAAACAACAUCGAUUUGUGUUGUUAAUUUUUUUCACAAACACUGUCUAUUCUGUCAAGAGCAACGUUUUUUGAACUUCACUAUUUUCAUUUUCCAUGCAUAAAACUAGCGGAAGAAUAUCAAGCAUUGUUAUAUACGUUUGUGUCUUUUUUUAUAUGAAAAUAGUGUUUUCUCGUAGACUACGUACUUUAAGAUGUGUUAUUAUUUAACAGGCACAUAUAAUAGGGUUGUUAUUAGCUCCUUCUGGGAUGCUGAAUUCUGCUUGUGUGGAUUUUGCCAGAUCUGAUCUCAUGAAGCGCGCAUGCGCUGAGUGUGGUCCGUCCUUGCAAAAUCCACGAGAGCCGAAUACAAAAUUCCAGAUCAAGCUACUGUUGUAAUGACUCUUUUAAGUAUAUACCUCCACCUUUUUGUUUGUUUAUUUGUAUUCUAUCAUAAAACUGCUGUUAUUGUCACUUUUCGGGGGUGUUUUAACAGGUGAGAAAACGUGUGUUAACAGAGAGAUUCUCGCGCUCACGUGUUGUUAUAACACCUUUUUGUAUAUGGCUGUUCCGUGGCAAAGCGUAAACGCAUUACGGCCCCAAAACGGAUAAUUCAAAAUGAAAUGACGUCGACGUGACAAAACAACGUACACUUUACUGCGCAUUUCCUGGAAAUCCAAUGACGUUGAGGGACAGUAUAUUAAUUCACCUGGUUUUUUACGCGUUUUCUGCUAGAAUAGCGUUAGCGCAUGUCCUUUUCGUGUUAUAACAUUUUCAGAAUCCCUCGGGAAUCUUUGGUACCCUCGCCCUAACGGGCUCGGGUACCAACCAAUCCAUCGGGAUUCUGCAGAUGUUAUAACACGAAAAAACAUGCGUUAUCCCUACAGUCGAACGAAAUCUUAAAUGUUUGUAGAUGUUUAAAUCAAAUGAGUUAUUUUUUUUUGUGUGCGCUAUUUAUAUAACUGUGUCAGCUCAUGCAUAUUAAUGGAAGUAGUCCGGCAACAUACAAUAAGGAAGGUACAAUACGGGAUUUUUAGAAAGUACAAUACGUGAUAGUUUUCAGCCUGCUCGUAUUUCCUUGUUAAAUGCAAACUGUAACUUUGACAGAAUUUAUAUAGGUAUAUAAUAGAUGGGCAUACGUGCCGUCUUAUGUUUAAAUUCCGAUUAGAUCCUAACCAUUCUCGUCUGUAUGUGUUUCUGGACAAAUCACUGAUCAGGCCACUGGCACCAGAGCAGAAAGAAAAUGCUGCUGUACCCUACACCUACGUGUAAUAUAAGAACUGUGGUCAUGAACAGGAAACUAUACUAACCCAUUUCAAUCGUACAUUUCUCUCUUCAAUCCCAAAGUUUGGUAACUAGAUACUAUGCAUAUUGAACAUGUGCUAAUUUAUCUUCCAUCAUGCACCAGUCACUUUAUCUCAGUCUUUUAUAUCGCGGAAACACUCUUUCGUCGACGUUACAAAAAAAAUAAACUUGGACGAACUUCCCUAAUGAACUUCCGGUCUAGACGGAACGGCCGUGUACACAUGUUAGGUGGAACGUAAACAAACAAAAGCAGAAUGUAUUACAUUUACAAUUCACAAUGGUACAAAUACAUUCGAUUUGAUGAAUGAAAGUCAUCUUAGAAAUUAUUUUGAAUUUGAAAUCAUUCAAUGGUACACAUUUGUAUUGCUCAUUUAAUUCCCAUUGCACAUUCAUUUAUACACUUUCUAACUAAAAGGCGAUUGACAUGCAUAUUCCACAUCAGCCAAUCAGAAUAAAUUUGUUAUCUAAACAGGAACUUCAUAAGGUAAGUUAUCCCAAGUUUAUUUCUGAACUGUUGAUGAAAAAGUGUCUCUGCAAUAAACAAUAUUGAGGCAAUGUGACCGAUGCACGACGGAAGAUAAAUUACAAUCUUGUUUAUACAUAGAAUUCAUUACCAAACGUUAAAGGUGCGAAAUUUCGUGAUUGAAAUGGGUAUUUUUCAGAAAAGACGUUCAUGACCAUGCUUCUUAUAGUAUACAUAGGGGUAAAGUAAAACAUGUAAAUUUACUUUUUUGUUUUUGUUGGCUGCCAGCGGAUCAUGUGUGUUAUGUGCAACUUUAUUACUUACAACAACAUAACUUGAACAUGAUUGUAGAAGAUAUACAUUUUGUAAUAUGUUUAAAUCAUAUUUUUAUGUAGAAACAGACCAAAAGUUUAUGCAUGUUAAUUCGAUAGCUCUAUUUAUGUACCAAACAUUCUUACUUCAGUUAUUCGCUGACUCACAAGUGGGGUCUACUCAUAAUAUAUUCGUCACCUUUUAGGAUAGCUUAGUGUAUUAGUGCCAGAGCUUUUUGUCAUCCUCAGCGGAUUGUGCCAUCAGGUUCUGAACGCCCUGUUAAACACAAUAUAACUUCAAUAGAGUAUUACUUAACUGACAUUUUGUUAAUGCAUCGUACAUUUGCACGUGAUUUUUCAAAGGCGAGCCAUCACCACUUUUCUAAAAUAAAAUUGCAAAAAACUUACGAUGUACGGUGGCACAGAAGUGACAUAGAUGUUUUUAUUUUAAUAUGUGCGCACGUAAUAACUAAUACGUGCGCACGUACUAGUACAAAAAACAUCAUCGCACAUACUAUAAAAACAUCGUCGUACGUAUAAAGGCGCACGUAAUAACUAAUACGUGCGCACGUACUAGUACAAAAACAUCAUCGCACAUACUAGUACGUGCGCACGUACUAGUAUAAAAACAUCUUCGUACGUUUAUAGUAAUACGUGCGCACGUAUUACUUUAUACGUACGAAGAUGUUUUAUAUCAAUACGUACGGAUAUGUUUUUUUAACUAAUACGUGCGCACGUAUUACUAUAUACGUACGAAGAUGUUUUUUAUACGUACGUAUUAAAAUAAAAAAACAUCUAUGUCACCUCUGUGCCACCGUAACAAUGACAUCUUUCCAUAUUCAUUUUAAACAUUUCAUUACAUUUUCGAUCAAAAACGAUGCGUCAAACGCCCACAAAAAGAACGAAAUGUCUUCAGCGGUAGGUUUUAUUUUAUAGAAAAAAAACAACUUAGCUAAUUAAGUUACAUGUUUAUAAUAAAAUGAUCAUUAGGAAUUUCUUAUUUUACCAAACUGGGUCACACUUCCGGUUUGAUCAUUUGUAACAAUUUUAGCAUCAUAUCAUCAGUAGUUUUAGUGAUUAAAUUUUGGUGGCAUAAUAUUGAUUGCUUAUGUAUAUUGGUUAGGAUAUCACAGCAUAUCAAAGCACAAUAAAUUCCAUUUUAAACUAAAGUGCAAGUAAUAACAUGGUUUUGACUUAUUUUUACUGCAUACUCUGCGAUAGUUAUUUAUCAUCUAGUGAAAUAUAUAUUAAAUAGAUAAAAUCUAUAGUU